UUACUAUAGGGAUAGUUACAGCCAAGAUCAACUGCGUGCCACUAGUUUCACAGUUAAAAGACAGAAGAGAUAGAACCCGGGCAGUUACUUAAUGACCCCUCGUAUCUGAGGUUAUUUUCAAAAUUUGUGUUAUAAGAUUUUAAUCCAAGUUCAUUUGGCUGAAGAAUAGUUUUUGUAGUCUCCGAAACUACUUCAAAAUUUCAGCACUAGAUUUUUUGUGUGCUUUUAAAAAAAUAGCCUAUUUUCUCUCUUCGGAAGUGAUGUACCAAGGAAUGGCUUCAAUUCCCGAAAGAAGGUGCACUUUGGAUGUAUGUUUCCUAUUUUUCACAAUUUCUUUGGUUUACUCUUAUAACAUUGAUUUAGACCACCCCAUAGUGUACCGCGGGCCAGAUGGGACGUUCUUUGGAUAUUCUGUACUGGAACACUUCCACGACAAUACACGUUGGGUGCUGGUGGGCGCCCCCAAAGCAAACUCCUCCUUCAGCAGCUCAGUGCGAACCCCCGGAGCCGUGUACAAGUGCCGCGUGCACAGCAACCCCGACCGUCGCUGCACUGAGAUGGACUUAGGCCGAGGGAAUAAGCCGAGACAGUCCUGUGGAAAGACCUGUGAGGGGGACCGAAACAACGAGUGGAUGGGGGUCAGUCUGGCCCGGCAGGACAAGCCCAAUGGAAACGUGCUGGCCUGUGCUCACCGCUGGAAGAAUGUGUACUAUGAGUCUGAGCAGAUCCUUCCUCAUGGCUACUGCUCAGUGAUCCCUCCUACACUGCAGGGUAGUGCACGUCCUCUCAUCCCCUGCUAUGAAGACUAUAAGAAAACAUAUGGAGAAGAACAUGGCUCAUGUCAGGCUGGGAUAGCAGGAGUAUUUACUGAGGAGCUGGUGGUGAUGGGUGCCCCAGGAUCAUACUACUGGACUGGAACAGUCAAGGUCUUCAACUUGACCUCAAGCACAUCAUACAACCUCAACAAUGAUGGAGUGAACUCCCACAGAUACAGUUAUCUAGGAUAUGCAGUGACAGCUGGUCACUUCUCUUCACCCACAGCCACUGAUGUUGUGGGAGGGGCGCCACAAGAUGGGGGAGAAGGAAAGGUCUACAUUUUCAAAAUUGAGAGUGGAUCUCUCGUGAAAAUUUUUCAAGCUUCAGGGAAAAUGAUGGGCUCUUACUUUGGCUCCUCAUUAUGUGCAGUUGAUCUGAACCGGGAUGGGCUGUCGGACCUGCUGGUGGGGGCGCCCAUGCACAGUGAGGUUCGGGAUGAGGGACAGGUCUCCAUCUACCUUAGCAGGGGCAAUGGUCUGAUGGAAGAGAUGGAGGCCUUGAAAGGCGAUAAUGCUUACAAUGCCCAUUUUGGGGAGUGCAUCACUUCACUGGGGGACAUUGAUGAUGAUGGUUAUCAGGACGUGGCCAUAGGAGCCCCAAAAGAGGACGAGUACAUGGGAGCAGUAUACAUUUAUCAUGGAGACCCUACUGGGAUCAUCAACAAAUAUUCCAUGAAACUGUCUGGGCGAAGGAUUGAUCAUGGCCUGCGCAUGUUUGGCCAGUCCAUUUCUGGCAAAGUGGACAUGGAUGGAAAUGGUUAUCCAGAUCUCACGAUUGGGGCCUUCAUGUCAGAUCAUGUGGUGCUGCUGAGGUCCAGACCAGUCAUCACUGUGGAUGUAUCCAUCUUCCUGCCAACAUCCAUUAACAUCACUGCACCAGAGUGUCACGAUGGCUCACAGCAUGUCAACUGCUUCAAUGCUACACUCUGCCUCCGCUUUACUGGCAAAGAGGUGCCAGGACAGAUAGAACUGCUCUACAAUCUGACAGCUGAUGUGGACAAGCGGCAGAGGGGGCAGCCGUCUCGGGUGCUGUUUUCUGUGAAUGGGGAGCUGACCAGCACUGUCAGUGAGGUGAUGCGCCUUGGGAUCAACACCGAGUUGUGUCGGCACUACGUGGUGUACGUCAGGAAAGAGGUGAAAGACGUGUUCUCAGCCAUCGUGUUUGAAGCAGUGUACAGCCUGGGUCAGCACAUAGUGCCUGGACAGGAGGACAGAGAUCUGCCCUCCCUAACUCCUGUACUUCGCUGGAAAAAGGGAGAGAAGAUUGCGCAGAGGAACCAGACGUGGUUUGAGAAGAACUGUUUAUCAGAGGACUGUGCGGCAGAUCUGCAGCUGCGGGGGAAAUUGCUGCUGUCGGGAGUACACAGACAGCCCUAUUUAGCACUGGGAGGAGUGAAGAAUAUAUCUGUCAACAUGUCCAUCUUCAAUGCUGGCGAUGAUGCGUACGACACCAACAUCUUCUUUAACUUCUCCCGAGAACUUUACUUCAUCAAGAUGUGGCAAAAGGAAGAAAAGGGUAUUGUCUGUGAACUGUUGGAGCUGGAUGUCCUCAAGUGCAGCGUGGGAUUUCCUUUCAUGAGGGCUCAGACUAAGUAUGACUUUGCUGUGAUUUUGGACACCAGCCACGUUUCUGGGGAAAAUGAGACCUUGCAAUUUCUAGUUACUGCAAAGAGUGCAAACCCAGAGCCUGAAAGCAAACUGUUUGACAACACCCUGGAGCUCUCUAUUGCUCUGGUUCAUGAGGUGGACACAGCAAUUACUGGGAUGAUUGCGCCCACUUCCUUUGUUUAUGGGAACGCCAUUGAUUCGACUCGCUUUGUUCAACUUGAGAACAUGGAGUGCAACUUCCAGCCCCUCAACUUCACAUUCCAGGUGAUAAAUAACGGCCCCAGCAGACUACCUGGCUCCAUCGUGGACAUCAGGAUUCCAAAUCGGCUGUCUGGUAGUGGUGCAGACAUGUUCCAUGUCAUAGACGUUCAGGUGGCUGGGGAUGGAGGGAACUGUACCCCACACAGGAACCCCAUGCCCUGCACUGUGCCCCAGGACAGAGAGAGCAUCUUCCACACCAUUUUCGCCUUCUUCACCAAGUCCGGCCGGAGGGUCCUGGACUGUGACCGACCAGGGAGAGCCUGUCUGACAAUCACGUGUGUACUGAGCUCGCAAGCAAAGGAGGAAGCCAUCAGCAUAGACCUGCAAAUCCUCUUAAACACAGAGAUACUGAAGAGGGACAGUUCAUCAGUAAUCCAGUUUGUGACGAGAGGAAGUGUCCGUGUGGACAGCAGGGCAAUGGAAGUAGCCGGAGGCCUAUCAGAGGACACAUCUGUUGUUUUUGAGGCUCUGCACAGCCAGGAGCCCCGGGGGUAUGUGGUUGGCUGGAUCAUUGCCAUUAGCCUCCUGGUGGGAAUCCUCAUCUUCCUGCUGCUGGCAGUGCUGCUCUGGAAGAUGGGUUUCUUCCGUCGGCGAUACAAAGAAAUAAUCGAGGCAGAGAAGAACAGGAAAGACAGUGACGAGAGCUGGGAUUGGGUCCAGAAGAGCCAAUGAGUCAGCCGCUGUCGUUGCCACAGCAUCACGCAAGGCCUGUGCCAUCAGGAAAUGGGAUUAAACUCUUCAGUCUUCCAUAUGUGGAAGAAAAGAAUCUUCUCCAGAUUUUUCGGAGGCAUGACACUUUUUUGGGGGGAAGGAAUAUGGGGAGCUAGUGUUUGGGACCUGUUCCUGAGAAAAUGAUGUGACCAGCAGUCAUGCGGCCUACAGUCAUGUGACAUGCACAGAGGAACUUUGCUCAUCCUGAUGGAAAUGAACGUACCUCUUGAAGGAUUAAGUCUUCCAAGGAAGGAUGCUGAGAUCAUGGGAAAACCCUCAGGGCACUGAAUGUUUGGUUUGCAAAUUUAUUUUUUAUACAUAUAUGCUUUUUUGUAUUGAACACAGCUUCAAGAAAUGUUACAGUUUUAUUUGAAAAUUCUGACAGACAUACUGUGAGCUCCAUAGUGUUUGGCUCUGUACUAGAUUUGUCAUCAAACAAUUCAUAUGUGGCUAAAGUGCAAAAUGCAUGUAUAUAUAAUGGCACUUUUUAUAAUAGCCCCCAGUUCAGGGUGCCAUAAUGUUUGAGACAAAUGGCUGCACAGUUGUUUCUGAUUAGUCAGGUGUGUUUUAGUCUUUGGUGCAGGUUUAAGAGAGCUUUCAGUAUCCAGUCUUGAAUAGAGGCUUUUGAUUGUCUUUGGAAUUUGUUAUUGGUGUUUGUCAGCAUGAGGAUCAGAGUUGUCAAUGAAUGUGACAUUAUGAGGCUAAGAAAUAUUUUAAAAAAUGUCAUAGUCAUUGUCCAGACCUUAAGCUUACCAAAAUCAACUGUUUGGAACAUCAUUGACAAGAAAGAGAGCACUGGUGAGCUCAGACAUUUCUACGUGGUGAAACCAACGUGCAUUAAAAUACCCCUUAAUUAAAUCUGAUGCUAAAUCUAAAUGCUCUUCAACCACAUGUGCAUUGUUUGAUUACAAACCUAAAAUCAUGGAGUACAGAGCCAAAUAAAGAAAAAAUAUGUUGUCCCAAAUGUUAUGGAGCUCACUGUAUAUGUUUUCUUUAAAGCACUGAUGACUGAUAAAAGCCAAAGACUGAUGGCAUGUUACAGAGAGGAGAGAAAAUGAUUGAGCAUUCCGGAGUGAAAGAUCCAUCCAUUAUGCCCUGCUUCUCUUUGAUGAUAGUACACCAGCAAGAGCAACACUGUAUAAGCCAUGUAACUCCAUUUUACCUGUUACCUCUCGGACCAUUCGUGCAUACAUAUGCACAUUCAUUUGCAGAGCUCCAAAGCCUUUUGUAUUUACCUGAAUGCAACCUUUAAAUGUAAGAUAUGUAAGUAUCUUUUAGUGACCUUUUUUGCCAUGCCAUUAUGUCCCACAAUGAGUUCUGUUUUGAUGCCAAAAAUGGUGUUGCAAUUGGUGCAAGCAAAAUUUUGGUGAUUGGUACAUAUUGUGGUAAAGUUGGCAUAAUGGAGCUGUAAUUUAGAGGGUUUGAAUGGCAAUACAUGUAGCGCUGUAAGUUGUUAAUGGUCUUCCCAUGGAAAACAAACUUGUGUGAAUAGCUAUUUAUACCAAGCACAAAUGUUUAAAAAUCAAACACUUGACUAGGGACAAAAGAAAAAAAGAAUUAUGAGGGAAAAAAAUAUCCAUUGAAUAUGUUGGGGAAACAUCUAUGCACAGAUACUGCUAUCAUAAUAAUAUUUUAUUAAACACACCCAAUUUCUCAGCUGUAUAAUUAAAUAAAUGGAGCAUACUGAUAUUGAGGCAAGGUAUAAAAUUGGAUCAACCCAGUGUCACAGCCUUACAGACAGUCCAAACCACUCAUUUCCUCAUUUCCAGGUAAAGUGAUGCCCUUGAGUUUUUUAUACAUGGUGAUGCCCAAAGGACUAUUUUUGCUUCAAAUCCUUUGUUCUAUUAAUAGCUCUGUGUAGUAUGUGCUGGCUGUCAGAGACCAUGCAGUGUAUGUCACUGAUUAUGUCCAAGGGCUAAUACCUGUGUACAAAUGUAAACUCCAAGUAUCAUCAUAUUUAAACACUGAGAUAGAGACUGAGUACAGGACCAAGCUCUACCUAAGAUGUCAUGUCUGGCUUAUUUGGCUUAUUGCAUUUCCUUACCUGUUUGCUGUAAGGGUGAUAGAGGUUGCAUCGCACAGUAGUUCCAUUUAAGAGAAUUGUUAGGGGAUCAAUUCUAUCAAUGUUCUGAUGGACUGCAUUGCAAAAGGCCACAUAACACACCUACUCAUCCUUCUGGACAUCCUUUCAUAGGAACAGCUCUCUGAACUGGCGGCUGCUGGAGACAAUUACAGCCCAUUAAGGACUUCAUACACACAACUUAAACACAGAAAGCUGUUCAUGUUUUAAUGUGCAAAUGUUUGAAGUCUUCAGUAUGCCAAGUGGUUGGACAGGGCAGGUGGCACACUGUAAUGCUGCCCUCAGGUUAUGAAGAACUGCAUGUGUGUGUGGUUAGAACAGUUCCACUGGAAGGACUUUGAUGAGUUCAAAGGCCCACCAAAGAAAUUUGCAAUGAUUUAAAGCCUAUAUUAAAUAUUUUCAAAAAGAAAUUAGCAGGCAUGGCACUGUAUAACAGCAUGAGUUCAUUCAUUCAAUUCAUCAUAGAGUUUAAUUAAAACAGAACAGAACAGCAAAGUGUAAUUAGGGAUUUAUAAGUAGGCAACAUUUUAAAAGGCAAUUGUGUAAAGGCAGAAUGGGCGGUCACAAUUGAGAAUAGAGACAGACAGCAUGUGAUACCCCAAGAAAUGUUGGAAAGUAAAGUGACACAGCCUUGCAGUUAAAGGUAAUGUGGAUAACAUUGUAAUUUGUGGCUGAGCCACAUCUUCUACUCAUAACAGAGCUAUUACCUGCCCUGGCACUAUACUGUUGUGCGUCAGUGCUGUUAAUGUACUUACAUUGAUUUGAACACCCAGUUUUAAGCUGUGCUUGUGUUUGUUGUAUGUGUUUGUAUCCUUAAAAUAUGGCCUAAAGCCAUCUUUGGGAUCCUGAUAACAACAUGAUUGUCAGAAAACAAACAAUUGGCUAAAAUGCUACUAAUACUAUUAUUUAAAUAGUAUAAUUCCUGUUCUGCAGUGAACAGCCACAGAUUUUUCCAGGAGUCACCAUCAGACCAGCAGCACAAAACAAGUGCAGAGGGCAUGGCAUACAUGCUCUCACAGAACACUGUAUUUUGUGAGGAGUAAGCUAUAUCAAAUACUUUUUGGCUGAAUUUGUUCAUUUUGUUUAGAAAUGACACAAUUAUAAAUGUUUUCUUAAACAUGCACUAGUAAAUUGGGACAGGAAAAUAAUUCAUUUAACUUCAGAUUAGUUACAGCAAUGACUUUCCCAUGGAAAUAGUAUAUACCAUGACAUUUCAUAUGCAGCCCCUGAUAAUAAUCCAUGAGGAUCUUCUCAGAUUUCUGUUUAUACCCUUUUGUUUAGCACGAAAAUGCUAUUAGUGCAAAAUUUAACAAAUCUGAAGAGAAAAACAUGUUUACUGAAAUUAUUUUUCAUUGAAAUAAACUGGUUAUAAUUUAAACAUUUUUCUCUUGUUGUUACGCAAAUCUGGCCAGUACGGGGACACCUACAUAUUUUUCUGUAACCCUAUAAAAAAUACACAGGAAAAAUAUUCUAGAAUUUGCUCAAUUCAGGAAUAAAUACAGAUAUACACAUUGUUCCACUGAAACACCACCUGAAGUCCAUGCCUCUGAAGUUCUUGCUUUAAUCAGCAAAUUCAAAUUGAUGCAAAUUAAUCUACAGCAUGAUGAAUAAAUUACACAAAUCAACAAUUAAUCCAUAUGCUAGUGUAUGAAUUUGGUAAAUCUUUGAACUAGACUCUUGACUGAGUGUCAAAAAAAUCGGUUUAGGAUACAACAGAACUACAGUGGAAAGAAAUGUGGUAUAGUGUGUAAGAAGCUGUGUCAAAUGGACACCUAACACUUGCUUUUGUUUACCUAUAUGGGCUGUUGGGCUUAUAGAUGUGUUACCUAUUUUAAAAUGCUCUGAUCAGUGGAAAACAGAACUCCAAAUGCUUUGUUGCUCUUAUCAUAUGGUGGUUUUAAAAAUUAAGAUAAGGCAUUGACAUUUACAUAUAUGCUUAAGUUGUGCUUCUACUUCUGCUAAAAUGUUAGGCAUUCCAUGUGUAAGCAACAAGAUGUUUUUGGUCUGUGGCUUACAAAAUGACCAGUACAAAACAAAUAGUCCAUUUUUCAAUAUAAAAUAUGUUAUGGUUUCUGGCUGGUGACAACUAUAUAUAUAUAAUUCAAACUUGGGUGUUGAUAUUUCCAGAAUAAAGGUUAGGCGGGGGCCACCAUUUUCAUCACAGGAUAUAUCCCAGUUCUACAGGAUAGGGUUCACUAGCAUUAUAGUAAAUACUGCCCAUAGACCACUAGACAAGCAACAGCAUGUCUUGGUUAAGGUGAAAACAGUAAGCUUGAACAGUACUUCAUAAUAGCAAAUUUUGGCAGAUAAUCUUAUCCAAGUCCAAUACUAUGCUUUUACCUUACUAGGGAAUCAUCGACAAAUGAAGUCAAAGUAAAUAAACUAUAUUGUGGAGGGAAUAGAUUAACAUCAUAUGGAUUUUGGAGAGAUUUGGAGAGAUUUGAGGAUGUCGUCAUUAUUGUACAUAGAAACUGCAAGAUGUAAUGAGCUAAAAAUAAGUAGGGGAGCAUUGUACUUAAUCACUGUUUGGCCAGCUAUGUAUAAACUAGCACUUCAAAGUUAUGGGACAAGAUCCAUUUAAGUCAACACGUUGGAAUGUGAGAACUGCCAACAAAUGGGUGGCUCGUAUUCCACAUCCAAACAUUUCCAAAGUUAGUUAUUUUACCUAGCAGAACUUCCCAAACUGUUGCUGUUUCAGCUGUGUUGAAUUACUGAAAUUUGAAGUGUUUGUUGUGACCUGUGCAUCUGUAGAUGUAGUUCUGUAGUCAGUCUAGAAGAGUAACAUUUUCAUGUGUUCAAGACUUGUAUGUAAUCAGUUAAGAUGAUUACAUAUAAUGGUAAAAACAUGUACAUAGUUAGCUUAAGCAAAAAACAAUGACAUCUAAUGGUAAAAAAAACAUUCACAUUAACAUGUGGUCUGUUAAGAAAAAAAUACUCAUUGAUAAAAAUUCCACCAUUUCUUUUCCCUUUUGAUUGGUCUCAGUGUGGUUCACACUAUGUGGUGUGAGAUCUCAGUGUCCUCUUCUCAAAAAAUGUUUAACCUGUAUGUUCAUUUGGACAAAAGAGUGACACUAUGGACUAUGCAAGCAAAACAGGUUCAUAUCAUUAUUGGGAGGAAAUUCCCCUUCAUAGUCAAAAUAAACAUUUUCACUUACCCCUAGAUUAAAUACACUCGUUAUGUAAGCAGUAAAAUCAGGUUGGAGUUACAUGAACUUUUACAUAGUGAAAGGUCAUAAAAUAAUCUGAAAGAAAUUAUUGAAUUUUUCAUGUCAGAGAAAUUAAUGCUCAUAAUACGUGUUCCAGAUUUCUUCCCCACAAGUAAUGCUGUUACUUGUUCUUAAUAAAUAUUCUUGAAUCUUGACUGUUUAUGAAUGUAUGUGCUUGUCUUGUUUUAGCCGAUGGAUACAGUGCAGUCACCUAUUCUGUGUUUGGGGACUCAACUAAAGUUACAAAAGUAAAUUGCUUCAGUAUUCCAAGACAGCCACUUGUAAAAGCCUUUUAAUCACAUUUACAGUUGCAGAGCAGAAUGUGUUUUAUAGAGUGGAAGCAAAAAUCACUCGGAGAAUUUCACAUGCUGUUGUUCUAUUUUGACAUACUGGGAGGAAAUGUUUGUAGUCCCCUUACAAAUGCUGUGCCUUUCUUUGCAAUAUGCGUAUCUACACUGUGAGGGAAGGAGAUGCACCUACCUCUCAAAACCUAUCCAUUUUGACAAACCAUGCUUUUAUCAUCUUGGAUUUUAUCAUACUGUUUCUUUGUUGGCUUGUUACAACCAGCAGAAGGUGGAACGUUAUUGGAACUGAAUAAUUCAUUUCAAUAUUUCAGACGUUUGGACUUCUGCUUUGGACAUGGGAUUUUUAAGGGAUUCCCAGAAAAUGGGUAUAUGUUGAUAAUGAAGAUGAAGGAUCUAAUCAUAGGUGUAAAAAAGGACACUUUAAUAUUCACAACUCAGGCAAAGUAAUUUUACUGUUCACCAUACUGCUUCAUUUCCUGUCUAGCUGGCCUUUGCUGCCACUGGUUCAUCACCUGUAGAAUACCUUGCAUAUUUUCAUCUGUUAAUACCACUGGCACUGCCAGUGCAAAACUGAAUCUGAAAAUCUCUACAGCACCUGACCUAACACAGUCCUACUAUAUAGACAGAAUACAUCACAAAAAUCAGGCUAACCUUGUAAACUAGCUAAAUCACAUUAGGAAUCAUGGCCAAUCAGAAGAAUACUGGUUGCAUUGCUGAACAAAGGUAAGGACAGAACAUCAUAUACCUGAAAGCAAAAGUGAACAGGCAAGCUUUACUGUAUGAUUUGUUUAUAUAGAAGCAUAUUGUCAUCACUAUCAAUUAUUUAUGUGGGUUUUUAUAAUGGGUGAACUACUGUCACAGAAUAUUAUUUGUGUUGAUGUUAUAUAUGAUCACUGUAUGCUCAAGACAAAACUAUGAUUUUUGCAUUUUAAAAUAAAGGUUUCACAGUGAUACACUUGUUAA